AUUAUUCAGUUCAUAACACUGUCUAGUCUGCUUGUAGUCUGUUAUACUAAUUUACUUUUUUUUUUAAGUAGUAAGUUAGUUAAGACUGCCGGGCGCACCGUUGAACCGUUCAAAUUAUUGUAUUUAAUAUUAUUCAUUAUUAAUAAAACAUCAUAUUACAACAAUGGCUGCUGUAGCAAACAAACCAAAAUCUGAGAUGACUCCAGAAGAGUUAGCAAAACGUGAAGAAGAAGAAUUUACUACAGGCCCCAUGUCGGUAUUAACCCAAUCUGUACGUAAUAAUACUCAAGUAUUGAUAAACUGCCGCAACAAUAGAAAACUUUUGGCAAGAAUCAAAGCAUUUGACCGACAUUGUAACAUGGUAUUGGAAAAUGUACGGGAAAUGUGGACUGAGUUACCUAAAACCGGCAAAGGCAAAAAAAAAGCAAAAGCCGUUAGUCGAGACAAAUAUAUUUCCAAAAUGUUUCUGCGUGGUGAUUCAGUUAUUUUAGUUGUCAAGAACCCUAAAGAAGCUGUUCGACAACAACCGCCGGCCCCUUGAUAUUUAUUUCUCCUUUACACAAAUUAAAUUUAAGAUAUUUGCAUUCAAUGUAUACCCAUUACUUGAUUUGAUCUUUAUUUCUUAUGAUCUAACCUUAAUAUAUUCCAAAAUAUGGCUGAAUAUUUUUUAAUUAUAACAUUAAAAUUGUUUUCUAUAGUGAUUCAUUUUUA